AGCGAGCUCGAAGCUGGGCGGCAGUUUUGUGUCACUUGCCGCCAUGAGCUCCUUCGGCACCCUCUUCAAGGUCUCCACCUUUGGUGAGUCCCAUGGCGUUGGGGUGGGCUGCAUCGUGGACGGCCUCCCUGCCAACCUGCCCCUGACGGAGGAGGACGUCCAGCCGCAGCUGACUCGGCGCCGCCCGGGACAGAGCUCUCUGACCACUGCGCGGAAUGAGGCGGACACGGUGACCAUCCUCUCCGGCACGGAAGGGGGCUUGACCUUGGGCACGCCUAUAGCGAUGAUGGUGAAGAACCAGGACCAGCGGAAGUUUGACUACGCCAACACCUCUUCCGCCCCGCGACCGGGGCAUGCAGACUACACCUACCAGGUGAAGUACGGCACCCGCGCCUCCUCCGGCGGUGGCCGCGCCUCCGCUCGGGAGACCAUCGGCCGCGUGGCCGCCGGUGCGGUGGCGGAGAAGUGGUUGCAGAUGGAGCACAAGACUAUGAUCUCCUGCUGGGUCAGCUCGAUCAUGGACAUCGAUCUGCCCAAAGAUGUGGCACUAGCACUCGAGAGUGACCCCCCGACCCGCAAAGAGAUCGAUGACUUUGGGACCUUGGCAGAGGAUGAGGAGAACGGCUUCUUCAUCGACAUGAAUGGCCAGAAGUACUCUCGGAAGGACGGGGAGGCUUUGGCGCCGGCGAGCGCGCCGAAAGGCAAGAGCUUUGAAGAGGGCAAGAAGCUCUACACGCGGUGCCCGCACCCGCCCACCGCGGCGCGCAUGGCGGCCCGCAUCCAGCAGCUGCGGGAGGAGCAGGAUUCCACUGGAGGCGUGGUGACCACGGUGGUGUCCGGCAUGCCGGUGGGCCUUGGAGAGCCCUGCUUCGACAAGUUUGAGGCCGAGCUGGCAAAGGCCAUGCUCUCGCUGCCGGCCACCAAGGCCUUUGAGAUCGGAGAUGGCUUCGCCGCAUGCCGGGCCCGCGGCUCCAAGAACAACGACCUCUUCGUGAAAGGAUCAGAUGGCUUGCUGAAGUGCAAGACGAACCAUGCGGGGGGCACCCUGGGCGGCAUCACCAGCGGCGAGAUGCUGGUCUUCCGCGUGGGCAUCAAGCCUGCCUCCUCCAUCUCCCAAGACCAGGAGACCUGCACCUUCGACGGGGAGCCCCACGUCUUGGCCGUGAAGGGCCGCCAUGACCCCUGCGUGCUGCCGCGCGCGCCGCCGCUGGUCGAGGGCAUGACCGCGAUGGUGUUGAUGGACGCCGUGCUGCGCCAGCGGGCGCGCAGCGGGGCAGUUUGCAAGACCUUGGGGGAGCUGGGCGCCGGUGAGGGGAAAGCGGCGCGGGCGGUGGCAGAGCCGCCGUACAAGGUCCCGAAGAGUGAGUAGAAUGAGACCCAGACGCGCCGGCACAAAGAGGGGCGCCAGACAUCGCAGGCAUCGCUGGGCGUGGCCAGGCGAAAGCUUCGGAGUCGGCAAAUGUCCGACGCCGCUUCCUUACCCAGAAGCUGGGAGGUUGGCGGCAAGCUUGGGUCGACCGCUGCGAGCUUCUGUAAGCUUAGAUCCUGAAACCUGUGGCUUGAAGCCUUGUUUUUCGCAAGUUGCCCUUUCCGUACGUGUG